AUGUCUGCCUCCGAAAAUACCCCCGCGCAACCGCCACAAAGUGCUGUUCCGGAGCUCGACGUCCCCAAGCUCCAUGCGCUCCCCUCCGAACAACAGGACCUCUACAUGCUCACGUUCACCUCCGAUCUAGUACAAUAUAUCUCUGGAUUGGAACCAGCCGAAGUCUCCUCCCAACAGAAAGAUCUCAAGAAGGAAUUGUUCAAGAUAUUAGCCCUGCCCUCACCGACCAUCACGCGAGUCCUCCGCAACAAUAUUGGACGAUGUUUCGGCGCAAUACUCGGUAAAGGGGAUCGCGGGAUCCUCUUCGAAACAAUCACAGACUUGCUAGGAAUCCUCAAUGCCAGCAAGAGUGAAGCGGAAUUAAAGACCAAGUUCGCUGCGGCGCAUUGCCUGGGAGAGGUCUUUGCGACAGUUGGCGAAAGUGCGUUCAUGCAGUCGAAUGUUGCGACUUCGACCAUGAUCAAGCUCCUCAAAUCUGCGAGCAACCAUACUGGCUUACGUGGUGUUGCCUUUGCCGUGCUGCGCAAGAUUAUUGUUGGGAUUGGUGUCCCACUCGAUGAAGUCACCGCACGCGACAUUUGGAAACAGGCUCGAAAUGCUGCGACGAGCGACAAGUCUACCUUUGUUCAAGUGCAUGCAUGCCGUUGCUUGGAGCAGUUGAUUGCUAUGGAACCCUUUUUUGAUAAUACAACCGACUUUGAGAAUCUCAAAACACUUGUAUGGAAGGUUAUUGACAGUCCUGCGGCGCCAGUGCGGCAUGCUGUGGCUGCAGUCCUUGGUCGAGCACUGAUCAAACUGCAUGCGACAGAUGCACAUAUUACAGCUGCGCCGAAGCCGAAAUCGAAGAAGACGAAGCGUAUGUCCAAGAAACCUACUUCGGGACUGGGGGACGAGGAAGAGGCAGAAAUGUCAGAGUCGCCAGCUCCGAAAAAGGCCGAUUCCCGUCUCUAUUUCCUUCUCCCUGACCUCCUAAGACAACUUUCAACCCAAUACUUGAAGAGCACCACUUCGAAUCGCACACGUGCUGGUAUCUGUAUAUGCUACAAAUAUGUUCUGCGCAAUUUGGGUGACAAGAUCGUUGAAGAACGCUAUGGACAAAUUGCAACUAAUCUGCUUGUCGAGUUGUUGAACCAUCCGACGGUCUCAUACAACCGAUUCCGUCUACUCAUGACCAGAAAGUUCAUCAAGAGCAUCUUGGAGGAUACCAUUGGACGUGAAUUGUUGCGGGAAAACAGUCAACUCAGUGCGGCCAAAUGGCUGAUCAACGAGAUUCUGAAAGACUACCCUCAGGUAAUCCAGGAACGCCGCGAGCCAAGCAAGUACACCUUGACUAGCACAGUCAGCGCUUUGUCCUCCCUGAUUCAAUCACUUGGCUCCGCUUUCACUGCUCUUGCGGAUAGCUGUCGUGAUGCUCUACUUCAAGUCCUUCCUCAUCCUAGCUACACCGUCCAAGUUCACACUGCGCACUGUAUGCGCAAUUUUGUUCUUGCAUCUCCUCAUCAACUGCUGUCAUGUGUUACGAUCUGCAUGAACAGUCUGAACCGAGAGAUUGGACAGCUGGGUACUCCUCGCCAGUCACCUCGACGAUGUGUUGGAUAUGCGAAUGGAUUGUCUGCAAUGCUCAGCACUUCCCGUCUGCAACCACUCUACGGUGCAGUAGAUGUGUUCGCGCGCGUUUUCACGCAGGCCACCGAUCUUCUCAAGACCAGCAGCACUUCCGAGCUUCGUGUUGCCAGCAUUCAGAUUCAGGUGGCAUGGAUUCUAAUUGGAGGUUUGAUGCCUCUUGGACCCAGCUUUGUUAAGAUCCACCUUUCUCAAUUGAUGCUUCUCUGGAAGAAUGCACUGCCAAAGCAUCUUAGCAAGGCGAAUGCUGCUCAACCGGGUAAUCUCGAGAUUAGUUUCUUGGCUCAUGUGCGAGAGUGUGCUUUGAGUUCCCUGCUAGUAUUCAUGGAAUUCAACAGCAAACUGAUCACCGCAGACGGCGCGAAGAGAAUUGCUGCAAUGCUCCAAAAUACCGUUGAAUUCUUGGAUGACCUGCCGAAGCCUAAGUCUAUGGAAGAUAUCUCGCAGCGACUGUAUCCUUCCCUGCAAUUGCAGGAUUAUAUGACUAUGGUGCGCCGACGUGUCUUGCAGUGCUUCUCAAAGCUCGUACAUGUACACCCACCCAGUCAUGGAGACAUCAUCUCGCAGUCUAGCCUUCUCAGUUUGGCCAUUUCGUCUUUUGCAGACCCAGAUGCUCAAUACAAACAGCUGGAAAGUUCAAUUUCUGGCUCCGCUGGACAAUUCGAUGGGCUGUGGGAUCUAUGCGACAACUACGGCUUUGGCGUGACGGGACUAUCCCGAGAAUAUAUUCGCCUCACAUUGUCUGGAACACAGAAAGAUGAGAAAGGCCCUGCUUGGUCUGCACUUGACUCCGUGGAUCAAGCAGUUGAUGAUGCUUUGACUUUCCCUAUCUGCGAAGCUAGCGAACAUGACGCAGUUCUCCUUUAUAGCUUGCGGGAUGGAGAUACCCUCGCUGUUGAUCCGCCAACCACUGGUGUUGUCAACUCAGCAAUUGAGUUAUUCUCCGUAGCUCUGGCUCUUCAUUCUUCCAAGAUUCAAGAGAGCAGCGUGGAACAAAUUGCCACAUUCCUCACCUCUCCAGGCUUGCAGAGGAACCCAGGCCGGAAGGCAGCAUUGGUCAUCAAUAUCUCUGUUGCACUCCUCCAUGCUUUGAAGGUUGCCGUUAAAGAAACAGACUUUGUGGCUGGCAAGCUGAACUCAUCCACCGAUAAAAUCUUGCAAGAGCUUCUUCAGAAAUUCGUCACGGAUACCGAUCCAAUCGUCCGUACUAUUGGCGUUGAAGCAUUGGGACGUCUUUGCGACAGCGCUGGAAACACUUGCACGAAUACACAGGUCAACUGGUUGGUUGAUACCAUUGUCGAGAACAGGGAACCCAAUGCUCGAGCUGGAUGUGCCGCUGCUUUAGGAUGUAUUCAUGCGCAGAUCGGUGGAAUGGCAGCUGGUCUGCAUCUUAAAACCAUUGUCGGUGUCUUAAUGUCCUUGUGCAAUGAUCCUCAUCCCGUUGUCCACUUCUGGGCUCUUGGUGGUUUGGAAAGAGUUGCCAACUCUGCUGGACUGACAUUCUCACCCUUUGUCUCUGGCUCCUUGGGUAUGCUUGCACAGCUGUACAAUGCGGAUACCCACAACGAGGAGGCCGCUGCAUUGGCCACCUCUAACAUCGAGAUGUCAUUCUUGACGCCUGUCGUGAUUAGUCGAUGUGUGGACUCUCUCAUCAACGUCCUUGGUCCCGACCUGCAGGACAUUGCCAAAACUCGAAAUCUUAUCCUGACCUUGCUUCGUCAGUUCCAACUGGAGGAGAAUCCUGCACUGGUUACUGAAAGUUCCAGGUGCUUGGAUCACUUGUCACUCUAUGCCUCGAGCUAUGUCGACUUUGCAGGAUACGUGAAGCGCCUCCAGAGCGAGCUCCGGGCAAAUAACUUCCUCAUGCGGGAUGUGGCCGUCCGCGGACUGAACAACCUGAUGAAGCGAGGCGCUGCCUCUGUGGUACAGACAGCAGGACAGUCUUUGGAAGAUGACAUCUGGCUUGCAUAUGAAGAUGCGCCAAACAAUGCGUCACUCAAGUCGAUGAUUCAGGAUUGGUUGCAACAAACUGCUCUAACCGAAACCGAGGCGUGGAUCCAGCGCUGUCAGAACAUUAUGACCAAGACACGUCAUAAGGUUGAACCACCACCUACCACAGCCGUUCAGGCUGCAGCGGAUAUCCCAGAUGACGAGGUCGCCGGGUUCGCAUCCGCCGUUGCUGGGGAAGGACAAGGUGACAUCGCGAAUGAAAGUGUCUCUGGCCAAGAGUUGCUUAAGUGGCAGACACGCAACUUCGCCAUGAGCUGCCUUUCUGAGCUUUUGGCUACUGUCCAAGAAGCCAUCCUCCCAGACUCUGCCAUCCCGGCGGAACUGGCUCUUCAGAAGAACGUCGGAGACAUCGUUCGAAUGGCGUUUUCGGCAUCAACCGCGAAUGUCAUCGAGCUGCGUGUCUGGGGUCUGAAGAUCAUUGACCAGGUUCUCACUAUGUUUGGCAAGACCCCUGAUCCUGAUUUUGCUGAAGCCUCGCUGCUGGAACAGUAUCAGGCGCAGAUCGGAUCUGCACUUACUCCCGCUUUUGCAACCGAUUCAUCCGCAGAGCUAGCCUCAGAGGCGAUCAAUGUCUCUGCUACCUUCAUCGCCACCGGAAUCGUCACGAAUGUCGACCGCAUGGGCAGAAUUCUGAAACUGCUAGUAUUGGGCCUGGAGAACUUCGCAAAAAACCCAGGGACUACUGAAAUCGGAGAUCUCAAGGGCCUGAACUCCAAUGCUCGGGUGAUGGUGAAACUUGCCUUGUUCUCUGCUUGGGCUCGGCUGCAGAUUGCCAGUAUCGAGCAUGAGUAUCUGAACUCGGUCGUUCAGCCUUAUCUUGCUAGGCUUACACCUCUAUGGCUGUCUUCUCUGCAGGAAUAUGCUCGGUUGCGCUUUGAGCCCGAUAUUUCCGGCAGUCUGGGCACGAGCACUAGUGGCGAUUUGGAUGAGGUAUACGCUGCUUUGAACCGUGAGACUUUGUUGAAUUUCUACCAAGACACGUGGUUGUAUUUAGUUGAUGCAAUCGCUGGACUUGUCGAGAAGGAUAUUGACUUCGUCUUUGAUGCCUUGGAUGGCAAAUUACAGCAGCCCGAUGAACCAGAAGAGCCCAGUGGCCAAGAUGGCGAGGAAAAGGAAGACAAGGUCGCAAAGAAGGAAGAAGGCAAAGGACACGAUAUUAAUUACCGCGAAGAGCCAGUUGCCUUCUUCUUUGUCUUGUUCGGUUUGGCCUUUGAAUCUCUAGUUGACCAAGGAACUUCGGCUUCCCAGCGCCUGGAGAUUCUCCAAGCUUUGAAGAGAAUCUUGAGACCAAUCAUCUCUGGAAAUGCUAUUUACCAAGAUGCAAUCUUCACGGAAACGAUGGACACCUUCGACCGCCUGGUCUUGACAGAGACGACUCCUAUCCAGACUGUCAUUGUCGAGAUCGCACAGAACCUGUCAUUGGAUCAUCCUGCUGCAAAGGGUGACCAGGAACGCAGCGAUCAUCUCUCUGAUGAUAUCGAGCAACUCUUCGAGUUAACGAGAAGUAUUAUCUUGGUCCUCGCUGGAAUGCUCCCUAAUCUUCGCGAAUCAACCCCUCUUGCACGAUUCAACGUCACUUCAGAUGAGUCUUUGACUCUGAUUCGUCUGGCGCUGCGUUCUCUCGUCGAUGUUGCAUCGGUAUUUCCGUCCAUAAUUCGAAAUGAUCUCCAUGCUUGCAUUCUGCACAUCUUCACUACAAUCCUGGCCACUGGAAUUUGCCAACAAGGUGUUGUUCCCCAAGCUCUCCCGAUUUUCCGGCAGUUCAUCCACGCCAUCACAACUACAACAGAAUCACCCGAAGACCUUGAAGUCGUGUCAUUCCAACUCCGCGGAUGCCUCACGCGCUUCUUGACGAUUCUCACGAUUGCCCAGCGACGAGAAUCGGACAUCUCCAUUCCCUGUGCCAAGAACACCCUCCUCGCCAUAACCUUCCUCCUCACUGCUGGCGGGCACGUCAUCCCGCCUCAGGACCCCGUCCUUAUCCGAGUUCUGCAUGAGUUCCUCGACUGUCUCCAGGAUGUUGGACUCGCCAAUGUAGCAGCCAGCUGCAUCCGCUCAAUACUCGUCAAGCCAGGUUCUCGCUCCAUCACGGACGAUGUGAUCAGCCGAUAUCUCACCCCGCGGUUGAUCGCUUUCCUCGUUGCCUGUCCACUAGACAAUGGAGAUAUCCCGAACGACCCGGAAAAUUCACGCGCGGUGAUUGCCCGCACAUUGGUCUCGUGCAUUUCCAACGCCACCUUCUCUGCGUCGGAACUCCCAACUGCAAUCUCGCUUGUCAUGUCGGCCUUACUGGCCCGUGCGAAACGCGAAGGCGAGUCCGUGCACAAGGAAUCUGCUGGCCAUCUCCUCGAACUUGCAAAGGCAGAUCAACUCGCCUUCCGAGCAAUGGUUGCUUCCAUGAAUGCAGACCAGAAAGGACUUCUGGAAGAAGUCCUCCGUAGUGUCGGUGUUGGAGCUGUUGCUUCAAAGUCUGGUGUGGAAGCAGAAGAUAUUGCCCCGCAGGCAGCGCCUAGUAUCGCAUUGCGCAUGGAUUUCUAG